GCGCAUUCAAUGGGUGGUGGAGCGUUCUUUGUCAGGCUAGAAUCUGUGCUUCCUUUUAUCUAAAACAAAAGAGAAAAACCGACAGCCUCGAGGAAAAGAAGAAGGGAAAGUCUGGAAAGGCCCCGAUGCACAAAAGCCUGAUUCUUUUGGCACCCUGGAGAAGCGACAGAAAAUGCAAAACAGCGAAGUGAUAAAGCCCGCCAAAUACUUCUCUGAAGUGGAGAAGAGUGUACUGCUUGCUCUUGUUGAGAAAUAUAAAUAUGUACUUGAGUGUAAAAAAAGUGAUGCAAGGACCAUUGCGCUGAAACAACGGACAUGGCAGGCACUUGCUCAUGAAUACAAUUCUCAGCCGAGUGUAUCACUCCGAGACUUCAAGCAGCUCAAGAAAUGCUGGGAGAACAUCAAGGCACGGACAAAGAAAAUAAUGGCACAUGAAAGACGAGACAAGGUAAAAAGGAGUAUUAGUCCACUUAUAAGUAAUCACAUCCUAGGAAAAGAGAAGAUCAACAGCAUGGUGCCUGAGCAAGUGUACUUUUUACAGAGUCCACCAGAAGAAGAUUCUGAAUAUCAACCCGAGGCUUCCAGCCAAGAACCUUUCACUGUCAUAAACAGAGAACUGUGUGAUGAAGAGAAAGAACUCAUACAUUUCCAAGUAUGUGAAGGUACCUCACAAUCGGAGCCCUCCUGUUCAGCAGUCAGAAUAACAGGCAAUAAAAACUUCAGAAGUAAGACUGCCCAAGAAAGCGAUCUGAAAAAGAUGCACGAAGAAGAGCACCAUCAGCAAAUGUCCAUCUUACAACUGCAGCUAAUUCAGAUGAACGAAGUCCAUGUGGCAAAGAUUCAGCAGAUAGAGAGGGAGUGUGAGAUGGCUGAAGAAGAACACAGAAUCAAGAUGGAGGUGCUCAACAAAAAAAAAAUGUUCUGGGAGAGGAAACUUCAAACCGUUACAAAAGAAUGGCCUGUCUCCUCUUAUAACAGACCAUUCCCUAAUUCACCCUAGAGUGUGCAGCAAUUGACAGUAAACUGGACUGAACUCAUUGGCUUAUUAGCAAGGGGGUGGGGGGCAGAUUCAGCCAAGCUGAAUUUUUAUUUGUAGUGUUAGAGAGAGGCUGCCCCAUUGACUGGCUGUGAACAAACCCUGAGAAAGAGCUAAGUAAAUAAUGUGAUAUCCAUUUUUUUAAACUCUUGUUUCUUUGAAGGGAAAACAGUGGUACUGAUCCUCAUGAAACUUUCAGAUACACAAAGCAAUCCUGUUUUAUAGUCAGUUUUUUCUCCAGCAACCACUUUGGUUAGAAAGUUCUUAAAGCAGAUGUGCAAUGGGACAUUUUAAAUAUUUGUCGUGGUGGCUGAAAUUUCAGUUUGUGUGCUAAGACAGUGGAAGCUAUUGCUUGAUUAAAAGGAGGGACUAAAUUGCUCUCCGUAGUCAUAUGCUGAGACAGGGCAAUCGGCAGCUGCACCUACUCUGUUUUUCCUUGGGAGUGUUUACUAAAAGGCAGAGGAAAGUGCAAGCACCCGAGAACCAAUAAUUACUGCCUAGCGAAAGGAAAUUCAGAGCUUUCAGACAGCUGGCUUUCUGCUUGGCCACAGUUGCUGGGUAUUCGGAAAGCUCAGAAACUCACUUGAAUAACCAUUUAUGCCAUUAACCUCAGUUCUCACUAUACAGCAUGACCAGCUCUGUUAUUUUGGGAAAGCUCCAUCUUUCUGACAUGUUCCUGGUGCAGAAAAAAGCAUCGGAGGAAAUCAUGUAUAUGUGUUACAGCCCCAUCUUACUCUCUCAGAAUUUGAGGACAAGAGCACUGCCAAUCAAGCCAACUUAUUUUGUCUGUCAAGGGAACAUCUAAAUGGCUCUGACUUGGGUCUGAUUUACCUAUUCAGCAAAUUCAUGUGUAAAGUCCAUCUGGGAUUGUAAGACUUGAAACUGCAGGUGGGGAGAAUCACUGUUUCAAAUGCUGCCCCCUCUCUUCCCUGCAUGUAGAAAUCUAGGAUCUCUUCUCAUUUAGUACCAAAGCUGUUUCUGCUUCUUGCAGAAUUACUUCCUAAACUGCAUCACUAUACUGAAAACCAUCCCACCUCCAAAAAUGCAUUUUUGCCCAUUUUUGGUCCACAGAACUGGGAAUAUGUUUCAUAUAGAUGUAUUCAAGGAAUUGGGGGAUCUCUUUAUUAUGUAACUUGCUUUCAUGAUGAAAUUCUCUGAUGCAGGAUCUGUUCAAUAAUAUUUAUUUUUCAUCAAGAGAAGAGACUACUUUGCUUGACUUCAAAGAGUUCAUAAUAAGGGUGAUUACUAGGUGUACAUUUUAGUGCCUUGUCUAUUGUACAAUGUGUAAUCAAAUGAAGGAUUUCUGAUAAAAAAUGUAUCUAAAUAUUGCUAGUAGAAAAAUUGUAUAUGCCCAUGGUUGGUCCUAAUAAAUGAGUUAUUAAUAAA